UUUGGGAUUGCUGAGAAGCAGAAGUGCAUUGCGCUCCCUGGUUCACUCCCGUGUAGAUCCCCGACUGGGGCCCUCCCAAUGCGGUCCGCCUUUGUUCAUUUCCGCGACUUGACGAGCCUUUGACGUGUUCUGAACCACCGCGACACUUCCAAUACACCCGCACCACCAUGUCGUCUCCUCCCAGCACCCCCACGCACCGCCCGACGUCGUCGCACCGUCGACACCCCUCCAGUCUGGACAUGUCCCUCAACACACAGUCGAGACGGCAGUCCUUCAACCGCCGCUCCUCGGGCUACUCGCCCAUAACGCCGCGCUCAUCGCAUGAAUUCGAACACAGCCCCGCACACCAAUUCGACGGCGGAGGAGACGGCAAUGGCCUGGGCAACUUGGCCGACGAACUCGGCGAGGUGUGGGACGACGACGAAGAAGAGGGCAUGGACGGCGAAUAUGGCGAGGAACUCGACGAAGCACACGACCAAAACAUCGGCACUGCUGUAGAACACGACGGCUCGUACGGCGUAGACAGCGCAGCUAGCCUCAACGGCGUACGGGAUAGUGGGGUUGCCAUGCAGGACUCAUCGCCCGCGCGCCUGAGUCCAGGGUCGGCCGUUAAGACGAAAAAGCACGCAAGGCAACGGUCGCUGUACGACGGCUCCGACUAUGGCGACGACUCGGACCUGGAGAACGAGGGCAUCUCGCCCGCGCUCGACGCGCGCAUGGCUGCGAUUGAGAGUCUGGCACGGAGAGGCAUCGAGGAGAACGGAAGCGCAUCAGACGAGGUAGUCAAGAGGGUCACGCAACAACUUCGCGAUCUCGGCAGCCAGAUCGCCAUGGAGAAUGGUGCGACGAGGUUAAAGACUGCCCACGAAGCCCUGACAACGCAUCUGACACACCAGUCGCGUACUCUUACCUCCAUUGCCGUAUCCUUUUCAGGCCCAUUUGCCAUCCUUCCAGACCCAGAUGAUAUCGACGAACUCCUCCCUAUCAUACAAUCCACACUGGAGUUGCUGCCCCACCCUUCCGCCGAUCCGCUCGUCGCGCUCUCCCAUCUCACCCACUCCAGCCGUGAGCUCAUCCAACACCUCUCAAACGUCAGCGAUACUCUACACAUGUCUCGGCAAACGACAGCGAAUGCUGCUAGGCGGCUCAAGGUUAGCAAAGAACAGCUACAGGACUGGAAACGUGACAACGAGAAGACACAGGAAGGACAGGAAUAUAUCGAGCGCGGGGACUGGGACCGACGACUCAAGGAAAGGGAGGCAAAACGGGCUUGCGCAAACGUGCUAGAUGGUUUCGAGGAUGUCUGUGGACAAUGGAGGAAGAGGCUCUGCGAAGGUCUAGGCGUUGCGAGUGCGUAGACUCUUCCUACGUACUUCAUAGGCCCGUGUCUACAUCGAUGACCUUCAUGCAAGGUCUGCGACUGACCGAGCCUUAGGCGAGUAUAUCCCGGAUGACGAGGCAUACGCUCGCCCUUCUUGGCUAAAUUUCAGUAAAUCGCCGGAACCGCCGGCGGGGUUAGAAGGCAUCUUAGCGAAGGUGUUCAAG